ACACGAACAACAAUUACUUGGAGGUAGUUGAACUUGGUGGAAUAUCAUUGAUAUUGAAGGCAAUGAAGAAUCAUAACUAUAAUGCCAGUGUACAGUAUAAUACAUGCUUUGUACUACGUAACCUGGCAAGGAAUGAUGUUAGUGAGACACGCAUAUCCAAAGAAGGCGGUAUUCUCUCUAUCGCCACCUCAAUGCGUAACCAUCCCUAUCACCUCGGUAUACAAACACAAGGCUGUGGAGCACUACGUAAUCUAAGUUGCAAUGAGAACAACAAGAUGAUCAGUUAUAGUGUUGGUGGAAUACAAUUGAUACUUAAUUGCAUGAAGAUAUUCCCAACUCAUUCUGAUCUGCAACUGAAUGGUUGUGGAGCACUGCGGAACUUGGCGAGGAAUGAGAAGAACAAGGAGUUGAUCACCAAGUUGGGUGGAAUCCAAUUGGUGUUGAGUGCACUGUCCUCUCAUAGUCAGGAUCCCGAUGUCCAAGACGAGGGAUGUGCAGCACUGAUCAACCUUGCCUACCAAGACGAUCGCAACGAACGUAUGAUUGCACAAGAAGGUGGAAUCAACCUCAUCUUCCAGGCAAUGGCCAAACAUCCAAUGCACUCUGGUGUCCAAAUGCAAGGUAGAGGUGCACUCAAGAAUCUAAGUUGUAAUGCCAAGAACAAAUUGAUUAUUGCCAAGACUGGAGGAAUAUCAUUGUUGAACGUUGCAUGCAAGAAUCAUCCAAAUUAUGCCAAUCGAUUCAAUGAGUUAGUUAACAUACUCCAAGCGGCAUUGGAUGAUGAGCAACAUUAA